AUGAACUGUACGACGGAUGGUAACAGUAAACCUUCCGAGCUGUCGAACUGCGAAGCCGUUACCCUCGACAGAACUAAGGAAUAUCCAGUUAGCACUUCAGGCAAGUGUGAGUUAUUACACAUACAACCCGCAGAUGGAGCGAUGCCUGGACACCAAACUCCGGGGGUUCAACCACAAACAGCAACAACGCCAUCUUCGGAGGGAACUCACCACGAUGGCAGUUUGGCAGGCAGCAGUGCAAGUACUGGAGUCCCUGCUCCUCAUGCUGCUGGGCAGUCAGGCAGUGCGGGAUCCACAGGGAGUCAGGGAACAUUAACAUCACCGACUGGCGGUGCGGAUUCAAAAGCCACAGGGGACGGUGCGGUGCAAGCACCCUCAGCCUCUGCACAGCCAUCCGGCACCUCCACUCCUGACACUCCCGCUGGCAACGAUGGUGGAAGCGCCACUACAACCACGACCAGCAGCAGCCCCAGUGGUGGGAAACACACAAAAGGCAACGCGGACGGCAGCGACACGCUCACUGUGUGGGUGCGUGGCACGCUGAUGCUGCUGCUGACGGCUGCUGUUGCCUGUGCUGCUGGGGAGUGA